GAGACAAGUAAGAGAGAGAAGAGGGACUUUUGUGGGUCUCUCAUGCUUCAGUAGUCUCUUAUGUGAGCGAGCGAGCGAAUGAGUGCUAAACAAAUAAAGCUUUUUGAGUUAUGAUGUUCACCGAAGGCCUUGACAAAAAUGCACUUCGAUGGGUUAGAGAGAAGGAUGUUCCAUUCUCAAACACCACUUUGAGAUCUCGCAAUGAUCCCAUCAGUGGGAUGAAGAGUGGAAGUGGCAGAGGGUUUGGAUUACCACCUCCAGCAAAAUUCAGAAGUGGGCAUCUUCCUGCAAAUGCUAUCCCUGUGUCAACAGUUAUUCCGGCUGAGACCGGUGAUAGUGCUUCGGAUUCUGAUAAUGAUGCUAGCAUUGAUUCCGAGGAGGAAGUUUAUGGUGGCAGGUAUUCAUUGGAUUCUUCACCCCAAGACCAUAGAGUCCCCAAUGGUGCUGCUAGGAGAUAUGAGAACCUUAGUCAAAGGGGACCCCCCCGGUAUGGGAGUGAUUAUACAUACUCUGAGGUCAGUUCUUCCAGGGAAACACUGGUAGGGAGAGCCGGUGUUGCGAGGGACCCAUUGAUGAGGAGGGCCGCAAAUGUGAGGCAGAGUGGUUUCACUGAGGAAGAGUCGUCUGAUUCUGCUGCUAGCUCAGAGUUCUCUACCACGCAGGUAGGAAGUAUCAAUGGCACUCUGCCAAGAAAUAGGGCUUAUGUGUCAGAAGGGUAUGCUUCUAGUGUGCCUUCAAGGAUGAAUGUGCAAAGGGCUGCAGAAAAGAAUGGAAGAUUAUCUGAUGAUGACGAUGAUGACAUUCCCAGUGCGCCCCCAUUUUGUGGUUCUACGCAAGAGAUCAGACAAACACAUGAAGAAAAUCCCUCAUCUGGAGCACAUACUACUCCAAACCAAGCAAAAUCUAGUACUUUGAAAUCUAUGUCUGGUGAUAAGAUAGAGAACCAUGUUGGAGAUGGGAGCCCUGACCAAUUUGUUAGAACUGCUACUGGUUCAGAAGCUGCUGCAUCUUCAAAUUCACACCCACCUCGCCUUCCAACAUUUCAUGCAAGUGCUCUUGGGCCAUGGCAUGGAGUGAUUGCAUAUGAUGCUUGUGUGCGUCUUUGCCUUCAUGCUUGGGCAAUGCAGUGCAUGGAAGCUCCAAUGUUUUUGGAAAAUGAAUGUUCUUUACUCAGGGAUGCAUUUGGAUUGCGACAGGUGCUAUUACAAUCAGAGGAUGAACUUAUGGUGAAGUGCAAUGCAGAGCAUUCCAGUGAGGGUAUUGCUCCAAAACCCAAAAAACUUAUUGGCAAGAUGAAGGUGCAAGUACGUAAAGUCAAAAUGGGCCUGGACCCUCCUACUGGCUGUAGCAUGUCAUCACUAAUGACACAUAAAAUUAAAAUGGAAUCUGUGCGACACCAUUUCUUCAAUAUGCAGUCAACACUCUCUUCUGGAUGGCAAGCUCUCAGAAAAAUCCGAUUUGUCCCACGCUUGCCUGCAAAUGGUUCCCUGGCACGACAAAGCUUGGCAUAUGUGCAUGCCAGCACUCGCUACUUAAAGCAAGUGUCUGGACUCUUAAAAGUUGGUGUUACAACUCUCCGGAGCAGUUCAUCAUCCUAUGAAGUUGUGCAAGAGACGUACUCAUGUUUUUUAAGACUGAAAAGCAUAGUUGAAGAAGAUGCCAUUAGGUUGCAGCCUGGUUCUGGUGAAGCCCAUAUGUUUUUUCCAGAUAGCCUUGGGGAUGAUUUACUUGUUGAAGUACAAGAUUCUAAGGGAAAGCAUUUUGGCCGUGUUCUUGUUCAAGUGGCUUCUAUAGCUGAUGAUCCGGCUGACAAAUUACGCUGGUGGCCUAUUUAUCAUGAGCCAGACCAUGAGCUUGUGGGCAAGAUACAACUUUAUAUAAAUUAUUCAACAAGUACAGAUGACAAUAGUCAUCUCAAGUAUGGCUCUGUAGCAGAGACAGUUGCAUAUGACGUAGUUUUAGAAGUUGCAAUGAAAGUUCAGGGCUUUCAGCAAAGGAACCUAUUGUUACAUGGCCCAUGGAAAUGGCUUUUGACAGAGUUUGCAUCAUAUUAUGGGGUAUCAGAGAUAUAUACUAAGUUGAGAUAUCUAUCUUAUGUAAUGGAUGUGGCUACACCAACAGCCGACUGCCUUAACUUGGUGUAUAAUCUGCUAGCACCUGUUUUCAUAAAGGGCAAUAGCAAGACUUCCUUGAGCCACCAGGAGAACCGAAUACUAGGAGAGACCAAGGAUGAAAUUGAACAGAUUCUCACUCUUGUUUUUGAGAAUUACAAAUCACUUGACGAAUCAUCUUUCUCGGGUAUCACAGAGGUUUUCAGACCAGCAUCUGGUCAUUCGGCGCCUGCCUUGGAACCUGCUGUUAAACUCUACAAGCUUCUUCAUGAUAUCUUAUCUCCCGAGGCCCAAACUGCUUUCUGUCAUUAUUUCCAGGUUGCUGCAAAAAAGAGGUCCAGAAGGCAUCUGAGUGAAACAGAUGAAUAUAUUACAAAUAAUAAUGAAGGCAGUCUGAUGGAUAGCAUGACUAUGUCUACUGCUUACCAGAAGAUGAAAACCCUAUGCAUAAAUCUUAGAAAUGAAAUCUAUACUGAUAUCCAGAUUCAUAAUCGAAAUAUACUUCCUAGCUUUGUGGAUUUGCCAAAUCUUUCUGCUUCCAUAUACAGCACGGAGCUUUUCAGUAGAUUGCGAGCCUUCCUUAUAUCUUGUCCACCGACAGGCCCAUCAUCACCAGUAGCAGAACUUGUCAUUGCAACAUCAGAUUUUCAAAGGGAUCUUGUAAGCUGGAAUAUUAGUCCUAUCAAAGGUGGAGUGGACGCAAAAGAGUUGUUCCAUUUGUAUAUUCUUGUCUGGAUCCAAGAUAAACGUCUGUCUUUGCUCGAGUCAUGCAAAUUAGAUAAGGUGAAAUGGUCAGGAGUUAGAACACAACAUUCUACUACUCCUUUUGUUGAUGACAUGUAUGAGCGGCUGAAGGAGACAUUGACAGACUAUGAGGUCAUCAUUUGCCGCUGGCCAGAGUAUACCUUGGUUUUAGAGAACGCCAUUGCUGAUAUUGAAAAGGCCAUCGUGGAAGCUUUAGACAAACAAUAUGCAGAUGUAUUGUCUCCUCUCAAAGAAAGCAUGACUCCUAAGAAAUUUGGGCUUAAAUAUGUCCAGAAACUUGCCAAACGGUCUACAUGCGCCUAUGUGGUUCCUGACGAGCUUGGAGUUCUUUUGAAUUCCUUGAAGAGAAUGCUUGACAUCUUGCGUCCCAGGGUUGAAUCACAGUUCAAGUCAUGGGGUUCUUGCGUUCCAAAUGCUGGAAAUACAGCACCUGGUGAGCGACUUAGUGAAGUAACAGUGAUGCUGAGAGCAAAGUUCAGGAACUACCUGCAAGCUAUUGUGGAGAAACUCGUGGAGAAUACAAAGUUACAGAAUGCCACAAAAUUAAAAAAGAUUCUUCAAGAUUCCAAGGAAACUGUGGUUGAGUCUGAUUUAAGAAGUAAAAUGCAGCCACUGAAAGACCAGUUGACUAAUACCAUAAGUCACCUUCACAGUGUCUUUGAGACUCAUGUUUUCAUUGCUAUUUGUCGAGGUUAUUGGGACCGUAUGGGACAGGAAAUUUUAAGUUUCUUGGAGAACAGAAAAGAGAAUAGAUCGUGGUACAAAGGUUCAAGGGUGGCUGUUUCUAUUCUGGAUGAUAUCUUUGCCUCUCAGAUGCAGCAGCUUCUAGGAAAUGCAUUACAAGAGAAAGAGCUUGAGCCACCUAGAUGCAUCAUGGAAGUUCGUUCCAUGCUAUGCAAGGAUGCUCCCAAUCACAAGGACAACACUUUUUACUAUUAGGCCAAUACAUGUAAAUAUGAUGAGAGAGGGAAUACCGGGUAAAAAGAGAAGAAUCAAAUGGAUCACCAAUUUUGUAGCAGGAGCAAGCAACUCAACUGCUCUUAGAAUGAUCAAUGUGCUCUUCAAUGAGAAUAGUACUUUUUCAACA